CACGCGAGUACGUACCUGCAAUUGGAACAGCAGCAGACUCGAUGACGUCACCACCUCUGCUCGUCCGUUAACUGCUACGGCCUCAUUUAGGCAUAUACUGUGGUGUAUCUGAAUGCAGUACAUUAAGGGUUAAUGUGCUACGCGGGUUACGUUACAGUCGACCAAUAGGAUUAUGUGUGUGUGGUCACAUGAUGCUGGGUUCGUGCGUCUUCAUGUCAGUUUAAUAAAGUGCCUGUAAUGUCAAGACACAGUUGUCCGCGCUGAAUUAAUAUUCCUCAAAUAGAAUAUACGACAUGGUGUCAGAAGUGCUGUGUCUAUGACCCGAAAGAAAAAGCACAGGACACAACGGUCCACGGCAACAGAGACAGAGGGAGAGACAUUGGUGGAUGUUAAGAGCGAACAACGUGAGGGAAACGUUAACGUGCAACAAGCGAGCAUGGCGGCUAGUGCACCAACCGCUACAUUCAACAUCCAGCCACCGGAGCCCUUUGAUUUCAACAAACCGCUCGAUUGGACAAAAUGGAUCCGGAGGUUCGAGAGGUUUCGGCAAGCGAGCAACUUGACUACGAACUCCGAGGAAACUCAGGUUAACACUCUGAUAUAUUGUAUGGGGGAUGAAGCCGACGAUGUAUUGAGAGGAUUAAAACUGAGUGAUGCUGACAUGAAAAUGUAUGACAAAGUGAAAGACGGAUUCCAGGAUUUCUUUGUUGUGAAGAAGAAUAUUGUGUUUGAACGUGCAUGCUUCAAUAUGCGAAAACAAGAACCAAAUGAGACUGUCGAGGCAUUCGUCACUGCCCUGCAUGCUUUAGCAGAACACUGUCAAUAUGGGGACUUGCAUGAUGAACUCAUACGAGAUCGGAUCGUAGUGGGGCUUGCAAACACCAGACUUUCUGAACGCUUGCAGAUGGAGGAAAAACGGACUUUGCAAAAGGCCAUUGAUAUGGCAAGACAGUCUGAAGAAGUCAAAAAGCAACAGAGCACACUUAGGGGUGACGCUAGCAGUGUGAUGCAGAUGGAAGGGAGCUCCAUAGACAGACUGAUAAAAAAGGGACAGCAAUAUACCAACUGGAAAAGCAGCGGCGCACAUUCCCGCCAACACACGCAAGGCAGAGACAAAGGCAUGCAGCACGGCGCCCAGUGCUACAAGUGUGGGGGGCCUUCUCACGAGUUUCCCGCCAAGUGUCCCGCCAACGAUGCAACCUGUCAGGGCUGCGGAAAAAAAGGCCAUUACCAGCGUGUCUGCAGAAGCAAGUCUGUGGUAGCGUACAUUGAGGAAGAAGAGGGGAAAAGUUUCUUCUUGGGCUCUGUGUCAUGUGAAAGCAACAUGUGGGCGGCUGAUGUGCAGAUAAAAGGGAAAGUGCUGAAAUUCAAACUUGACACCGGCGCAGAUGUAACCGCCAUUUCGGACAGUGACCUGAAAGACUUGUUCCCGGGGGCACAAAUGCCUGUCCUCCACAAGCCAGAGAAACCCUUGCUGGGUCCAGGAAAGAUUCAGCUGGAGGUAGCUGGCUAUGCAAAAAUGCAGCUGACUUACAAAGCCAAGCAGACAGAGGAGAAGGUCUAUGUGGUCAAAAACCUGAGCACACCUUUGCUCGGGCUACCGGCCAUUACUGCCCUGGGUCUACUCAUUCGAGUCGACAGCGUCACCAUGGACACUUUAAAGGCAACCUACCCAAAACUCUGCAAGGGCCUAGGCGACAUCAGGCGUCCAUACCACAUCCAGCUCAAGCCAGAGGCCGUGCCAUUCUCUUUAAAGACUCCACGGAGAAUUCCCCUGCCUCUGAUAGGAAAGGUGAAGGAGGAGCUCCAGCGGAUGGAAGAGAUGGGGGUCAUCAGGUGCGUCGAGGAGCCUACGGAGUGGUGCGCCGGCAUCGUCGUCCCCCCAAAGAAGAACAGCCAGCAACUACGCCUGUGUGUGGACUUCACGGGCUUGAACCAGUAUGUGUGUCGAGAGAACGUCUUCCGUUUGGGAUCAACUCUGCGCCCGAGCACUUCCAGCGUGUCAUGGCGGAGGUGAUAGAUGGACUCGACGGGGUGGUCUGCCACAUCGAUGACCUGCUGGUGUGGGGAAAAGACCAAGAACAGCACGACGCUCGUCUCCAUGCCUUGUUGAAAAAGCUUGAACAAGCAGGGGUGACUUUGAAUGCAGACAAGUGCGAGCUCUCCAGGAGUGAGGUGGUGUUCCUCGGGCAUGUCAUCACCACGUCAGGCAUCAGCCCCGAUCCAGAAAAGACAGAGGCCAUCAGGGAUAUGAAAGAGCCUACAAACGUGAGUGAGUUGAGGAGUUUCCUGGGGAUGGUAAACCAGGUGGGAAAAUUCAUACCCCAGCUAUCAGAGAAAGACAAAGCUCUCCGUGACCUUCUCUCAAAGAAGAACUGCUGGCUGUGGGGUGUCGACCAGGUGGCGGCUUUCAGGGUGCUGAAGGAAGCACUAAUCUCUCCACCGGUCCUGGCCAUGUAUGACACGAGCAGGGACACCAAAGUAUCGGCAGACGCUUCAUCUUAUGGACUGGGGGGCGUGCUCCUCCAGAAAUGGGACAGCGAAUGGAGGCCGGUAGCUUACGCAUCCCGCUCACUCUCACCCACGGAGCAACGCUACGCGCAAGUAGAAAAGGAGGCCCUGGGUCUAACCUGGGCAUGUGAGCGCUUCCGGGACUUUUUGUUAGGAAAGCACUUCUGCCUAGAGACUGACCAUAACGCCCCGUGCCCACUACCUCCGUCAGUUGUCCGUUGCCCAUUGACUUUGAAUGGGGACGGUCGCGCAAUGCAUUGUGGAUCCGUCCGUUGACUUGGAGCGUUCGCCACCGUCAGAAAGUUGAAAAAUGUUCAACUUUUUCGGCAGCGACGGUUCCGUCAUCCAAUCAGAUCGCGUAUGCAAAUUUAAGCACUGUGACGCGACUCGGGCUCUGACGAUACUGGAAAGGGGGAAAGCGGGUCUUCUUGCCUCGCAACAAGCAGGAAGAAGCGGGAAGAACCCGGCGAACCGAUUUGAUUGGCUGACGGAUGCAUCUGCAAAGACUACUCCCCCAUCCGUCAGCCACGCCUUCCCACGUCCGUUGACUGACGGUGCAGUGGGCACGAGGCGUAAGCCGCUCCUCUCCUUACUACGCGCACAAGCACUCGACCUGUUGCCACCAAGGAUACAGCGCUUUCGAAUGCGGCUCAUGCGCUACUCCUAUGACAUCGUGCACGUUCCUGGAAAGUCACUCUGGACUGCUGACACAUUGUCACGUUCACCUGUACAGAAAAAAAUUACCGCAAAUGACACUGAACUGAUGGAGAGCACGAACAUUUACGUGGACUGCAUUGUCAACAACUUACCUGUCAGUCCCACGUUCAUGGACACACUCAAAGCACAGCUGGAAGCUGACAGUGUAUGCUCUCGUGUCAUGAAAAUGUGUGCAGACGGAUGGCCAGAUCACGCACAGCAGGAACCACUCCUGAUACACUUCUGGCCCGAGCAGGCUACACUCACAGUACAAGAUGGACUGUUGCUGAAAGACACACGUCUGGUCAUUCCAGCAGCAAUGCGGAACGAUGUGCUGGACAGACUGCACGAGGGCCAUCAAGGGGUCGUGAAGUGCAAAGCACGUGCCCGUCAGACUGUGUGGUGGCCUGGGCUGGGACAUCAAAUCACAGAGAUGGUGCUCAAAUGCAGAACGUGUCUGCAAGAGCGCCGCAAUCACAGUGAGCCACUCAUGCCGUCAGACUGCCCCGAGCGCCCAUGGCAAAAGCUGGGGGCCGAUCUCUUUGAACUGGGGGGAAAAACUUACCUGCUCGUCGUUGAUUACCUCUCCAGGUACGUCGAACUUGCCCUGCUGACACACACAAAAUGCAAUGAUGUGAUUAACCAUCUGAAAUCGAUGUUUGCCAGACACGGCAUCCCGGAGGUGCUCAUGUCUGACAACGGCCCUCAAUUCUCCGGCCAGGCAUUCGCUUCCUUCGCCUCUGCAUAUGGGAUCAAACACCUUACCAGUAGCCCCAAAUUCCCACAAAGCAAUGGCGAGGCUGAGCGAGCAGUACAGACCAUAAAGGGUCUGCUGAAAAAGGCAACUGAUCCGUACAUGGCUCUGCUUGCAUACAGAGCCACACCUCUUCAGAAUGGAUACAGCCCGGCCCAGUUGCUCAUGGGUCGACGUCUCCGCACCACAGUGCCGACACAUUCCUCUGAGCUGCAACCUACACUGCCCGACCGCAGCACUCUGUUCCAGAAAGAAGGGGAGAAGAGGACGUCAGAUGCUGCAAACUUCAACAGGCGACAUCGUGCAAAGCCACUCAGCAGCCUAUCUCCAGGUCAGGAGGUGUGGGUGACUGAAACAAAAACACCAGGGACUGUGAUCCAGAGUCACACCUCGCCGAGAUCUUACCUUGUGGAUGCGCCAAAUGGGGUGGUAAGACGCAACCGCCUGCAUCUUAUACCACUCCAGUCUCCGUCACGAGACGAGGCUGGACAGCAGCAACAGGAGCCACUGCCGGUCCUAGAGCAGGGUGACACUCCACCUGCUUUGGGGUCUCCUGUUCCCUCUCCUGGGGUUUCCACUCCCAGAACCAGGUCUGGGAGAGCAAUCAUACAGCCCACUAGACUGAACUUAUAAGUGGCUGAGAAAAGGAAAAAAAAAUGUUCAAUGUGAAAAAAAAGAGUUUGUCAUAUGUUCAUGCUGAGCAGAAAAUGUUUUUCCAAUGUACCAGUUUUACAGGGGAGAUAUUUACUUUAGAAAAUAAGUUGGAAAAUGUUAUGUUUAGAAAGAGUAUCAGUUUACCAGUAUUUGUUUAACCCUGUUUUCUUUCACAGGUUUUGAUGGACUUUGAAAAAAAUGUGUUUCACAUGUUCGUAAAAAAGGGAGAUGUGGUGUAUCUGAAUGCAGUACAUUAAGGGUUAAUGUGUUACGCGGGUUACGUUACAGUCGACCAAUAGGAUUAUGUGUGUGUGGUCACAUGAUGCUGGGUUUGUGCGUCUUCAUGUCAGUUUAAUAAAGUGCCUGUAAUGUCAAGACACAGUUGUCCGCGUUGAAUUAAUAUUCCUCAAAUAGAAUAUACGACAUAUACUACUGAACAAUAUAAACAAAUGAUAUAAAACAAAAUCCCAGCCUCUUUCAUUUUCAAAUAGUAUGUAAAUAUUCUUUGCCAGCUUUUCUGGCAUUCCUGUGGAGAUGGGGGCAUUGAGCCGGAGUGGGCGGUGUUCAAAGCCUCCAUUGCAGAAGCUGCGGUG